CGGGGUACCCGAUAACUCCUGGAUAGCAGGGUUCCGGGUGUGUUUGUGAGCAUGCCAAUUAGCUCUUCGGGUAUUCAUGUUCCCGUGCUCGGGCAGGACCUCACAAGCUAGCCGAUAGCCAGCUAGCGAUUUGUUAAAAAUUUGUUCUCUUUUUCACAACAAUAAUAAUGGCUUAGCUGGGAAUUACGCAGACGAGUACAUUUAUAGUGUUUGUGGGGGUAGUUGGAGUAUCGAAUGGGAGUCACACCAAUUUUAUUGACCAAAAUCUCGGGGAAAAAAUCGCCCCUGGAGCCAGCGUUCAAACAAGAGAGCAUCGGAGAAUCGUCUGCGGAUGUGAAGAAGGUUUCUUUAGAAGACGCAUAAGGGGUGGAUUUGUAUCUUAACUAGGAUAGCCAGGAUCUCUGGACUGUUUCCUCCGGUCCUCUGUACAGUCAAAGAAAUAAUUUGCAACGUGGUCAACAGCGACCUUUUCCAGUGCCCUUGUGCUAUUUGAUGAACAGUGAAAACCUUUCCAGUUAAAUUCUCACGACCUGCAGCCGUCAAUCGGUCCAAACUGUCUUAUUCACACCCUAGUUGGGUCCCAACAACCGGCAAGCUGAAUCCCUACUCACGGGCCCGAAUGACCGAGGCCUGGCAGCAACAUACUGUUGCUCCCCCUCCAGUCGUCCAUGCCAUCCCCCCGGGCGCAGAGAACGCUCUGGGCUGUGCCGUGUACGGUAUCGUUCUCCAGCCCGACCCUCCGGCUCUGCAGCAUGGCCAGCACAGCCAGCAGCACGGUGGGCACGGAGGAGGACAGCACAGCCAGCAGCAGCACCCGGCCCAGGCCCAGCAACCCACCCUGCAGGUAGGCAACGAAGGAGGCCACAAGUGUGGCGCCUGUGGGCACGAUAUCUCCCACCUCGCUAACCCACACGAGCACCAAUGCAUGGUCAGUCAAGACCGGUCGUUCCAGUGCACCCAAUGCAUGAAGAUCUUCCACCAGGCCACAGACCUGCUGGAGCACCAAUGUGUGCAGGUGGAGCAGAAGCCCUUUGUGUGUGGCGUCUGCAAGAUGGGCUUCUCUCUGCUGACCUCCCUGGCCCAGCACCACACCUCCCAUAACAGCACCAACCCCAUGAAGUGCUCCAUCUGCGAGAAGACCUACCGGCCCGGUACCUCCGGCAACCCCACGCCUACCACCUCAGGAACCUCCCAUCACAACCACGGUAGCAGGGCGUCCGCCAGCAGCAGUUCGUCCAUCCUGCCGUUCCCCUCGGCCCGGGACAGGCCGUACAAGUGCUCCGUCUGCCAGAAGGGCUUCAAGCAUCUGUCGGAGCUCACCCGCCACGAGCGCGUGCACACGGGCGAGAAGCCCUUCAAGUGUGACACGUGCGACAAGGCCUUCAGCCAGUCGUCGCACCUGGCCCACCACCAGCGCACGCACAGCAACGAGCGGCCCUUCAAGUGCGCCGUGUGCGAGAAGAGCUUCAAGCACCGCUCCCACCUCGUGCGCCACAUGUACGCCCACUCCGGGGAGCACCUGUUCAAGUGCAACCUGUGCGAGCUGCACUUUAAGGAGUCGUCGGAGCUGCUCCACCACCCCUGCCACCCGCAAGGCGCCCGCCCCUUCCGCUGCGCCACCUGCGGCAAGGGCUUCAAGCGCCCGUCCGACCUGCGGCAGCAUGAGCGCGCACACUCGGAGGAGCGGCCGUUCCACUGCGACGAGUGCCAGAUGAGCUUCAAGCAGCAGUACGCGUUGGUCCGCCACCGGCGCACCCACAAGGACCCCGGCGUCCGGCCCUUCAAGUGCAACCUGUGCGACAAGGGCUUCAUGCAGCCCUCCCACCUGCUCUACCACCAGCACGUGCACGGCAUGGACAACCUGUUCAAGUGCGCCUCCUGCCAGAAGGAGUUCAGCCAGUCGGGAGAGCUGCUCCGGCACAAGUGCGGCGAGCCUUCGUCGGCCUCCCCGGACAAGCCCUACAAGUGUGACGUGUGCGGGAAGGGCUACAAGAAGAGCUCGACGCUGCAGCGCCACCAGAACUCCCACUGCCAGGAGAAGCCCCUGAAGUGCUCCCUCUGCGACCGCCGCUUCCUCUCCUCGUCUGACUUCGUGCAGCACCGCUGCGACCCGUCGCGCGAGAAGCCCCUCAAGUGUCCGGAGUGCGAGCGGCGCUUCAAGUACGUGUCCGACCUGAACCGCCACCGCCGCAUCCACACCGGGGAGAAGCCCUACAAGUGUGCCAACUGCAACAAGGGAUUUAAGCAGCGGGAGCACAUGGUCAAGCACCAGGCCACGCACUCCCGCGAGGGCCAGUUCAAGUGUGUGUGGUGCGGAGAACGUUACAGUGACCUGGGCUCCCUGCAGGAUCACACAGUCCAGCAUACCGCGGAGGGCGGCGGCUACCCGGUGCCCUCUUGCAUUUAGCGUGCGUUGUCUUUGUGUAUGUUCCCUUUUGGUUUUUGUAUGUAAACACAUCCGGAAGUACUGUACCGCCCUUGAACUCGUUGUCCCUGGCAACCCCCUCUCCUCUAUAUAACGGUUCCCUAAGUUCCGUAUCAGGUCCCUGCUAACCUUCUACCAUAGGAACCAAUUUUCUUUGCUUAUCCCUCUAUGACUCUUUCUUGGCAUAACAUUUUUAGAUAGUUAACCACUGACAGAAUUUAGUUAUUUGUAGGUUCGCCGUCUGUAGACUACUGCCAAAUGCAUCGGUUUUUAGGGAAACAUUUUUAAAAACUUCAUAGAGCAGGGCGAUGCAAGACAUAUUUAAUCCCCAUGCCACGCUACUUUUCUAGCAAAUAUAUCCAGUUAGUAAGUAAACUCAUCUUCAAUCACAAUUACCUCCCAUCAGAAACCAAAAAAAGCUUUUGUAAAUAACUAAUUGGCAGUAAAGGUGGUUAAAGGGAAAUAUGCAGGACCUUUUGUUAGUGUGUCCUUCCCAUUGUGAUCUGGCCAACCUGAGAAGCCCUUGACUGAUGCGAGUGUUUUUUAUGAACCUCCCUUUGCUCCCUCUUUCACUGUUCUUCAGCUCGUUACUACCUCCAGAGGAAACCGGUCUGUGGCCCCCCCGUCUCCGGGAUGUGGACCCCCCCCCCAGCCCCUGUAGAAAAAAAGUUCUGAACCGUUACUUUGCUCCAUAGUUCCUCCCCAACUCGGUGUAAAUUAGGGAUCGACCGAUACAGAUUUUUUAGGGCCGAUACGAUACCGAUAUUUUUUCAUCAGCCUUAGCCGAUACUCCGAUACGCCGAUACCGAUAUUUAGAGCCGAUAUUUAGAGCCGAUACUGCUUUUGCUCCCUCAAUCAU